AUGGCUAUGGAAAUCACGAACCUACAGAUUGUUGACCCAAUUAGGAUCGUAGAGCCGAUGAAAUAUUGUCACCAAUGUCGUAAAGAGAAAUCAGAUAUUUUUCAAUCUUGCAAGGCUAAGAAGGGAACCAAGACAUGUCUGUUGAAGUAUUGUCCCAAGUGCCUGUUGACCAGAUACGGAGAGACUGCAGAGGAGACUGCGCAGAAUGAUGAUUGGGUUUGUCCCAGAUGUAGGAAAAUUUGCAAUUGUAGUACAUGCAGAAAGAAUGAAGGUAAGAAGGCUGCUGGGAACUUGUUAGCCACAGCUAAGAAAAAUGGUUGUUCCAGUGUCUCUGAGUUCCUUAUGAAAGAGGAAGGCAAAACUGGAGAUGUUAUUGGACUGGAGAAUUCUGCUGAAGAGAAUCAUGUUGAUGAGGUUAAACUACCACAGGGCAUCAAAUCAAUCACUGUGUCAAACGUUGACUUGCACCCUGAAAAUGCUGGAAGUGUGCUUCAGUUUUUAGAGUUCUGUUUGACUUUUAGAGAGGUUCUUGGUUUGAGUGACGGGCAAGCUCAAUUGGUUGUACGUGAGGUUCUAUCCGGGGGAAGCAUGAGGAGCCAAGAGCAGUCUACACUUACCCAGAUGAUGAUCCAGCUACUGACUCUUUUACUAGUAGAUAGAGGAGAAAUAUCGGUUUGUAUGAAUGCAACUGAUGAUAGGUGGUUCACUAUUCUUGGAGAGUGUCUUGCGAAAUCAAAAGUUAAGCUUGAUGACUUCCCUCCUGAGAUGUUUCAAAAAGGCAUUUCUGAGUAUGAGGAGAUGGAUUCAUUACAAAGGCUUAAGCUUUUGAAUUUCUUAUGCGAUGAAGUGCUUGGCAUAUCGUACGUUAAGAAUUUCAUUGAAAACCAUGAAAACCUUGAAUAUGUUGAAAAGAAAAAUGAAGCAGAAGCUAAGGAAAAACAACUGUAUCAGAAGAUAAAAGAUGACUUUGCCAAAGUCGAAGCAGAUAAUAAUGGGGUUGCAUUAACAAUCGAAAAACGGGUUGCAAUUUUAUCGCAAAUGUCUGCUGAAUCUGAGGAAGUUUAUUUUGAAAAGAAGAAGGCAUUAGAAAUGAAACCUAACAGUCAAGAAGCUUACGAUGCUCUUAGAACCAACCCGGUUGAGGUGGACGACAAUGGUAUUUUCUGGAAUUUGAAGUCAUACAAUGAAGAACCACCCAUUUUGCUUCAAGGUAUGAAAGAAACAUACGAACUAUCUUCGUUUGUUGUGGCAAAGAGUAUGUAG